AUGCCGGGGGACCCGCCACACAACACUGGGUUCCAAGGCGGCCUGAGACCGCCGCAAUUCGAUGACCCUGCCAUGCCUACUACGUAUACUGGUGAGUGCGAGGUGCAUCUUCCCUGGCAGGAAGAUUGCACGCCCCCUCCGGACGAUCGCGUAUCUCUCCAGCACCUGCCGGCGCCGCGUGAUGACUUUGCACCCGCAAACACUACUUGGCUUGGUUGUGUUGUCUACACUCCGCACUAUAAGCCUGUGACGUUGGCCGUCCGGCCAACAGGUGCUGAACCCGCGUCUGAGGUCAUGGAUUUGCUCCGUAUACACGCUCCGGGCGUACCGGUUGGCCUCUUUGAUUGUCUUACGCCCCUCCACCCACAGCCACAUGCAGGCUAUGGUGCUUUUGUCCGAUACCACAGCUGCGUCCGGGGAUGUGGGGCCGAGGGUCAAGUUGCAGUCGUCCUGGACCUCACCCGUGUUGGGGGCAAGUACUUCGCGACAGUGCUCCCUCGUAGGUUAGAGUACAGGGCCCUUCUGCACUAUUUUGAGCCCCUCACGAGCUACGAUGAAGAGCCAUGCUACUUUCAUGUAGGUUGUCGUUCCAACCCAUGGCCCGUUCAAGCGGUGGUAGAGCUUCGAGAUGGGGAUGUUAUUACGGUGCUGAGGGAUCGUGCAGCUCGUUUUGCAAAGCAUCGCUACGAAGCCCUUUUUCAGCCACCUAUUGAGUGGGGCCAGUUGCAGCAUUUUCCGAGGCUCCACUUUGACGUGGGCACUUGUGCUCUGUACCGUCAUCACCGGUACUGUUUUCCACUCCAGGACCAACAAGGAGAUGACGCCAUCCAGCACGUGAUGGAGCAGCUCAACUUGAAUCCUCAAGUCACGGCGAUGUGCAGCUUUCCGAUUCAGGAUCUUGAUGUGCAUGGGGACCUUUGUACCUUUGUGGUCACGGUUGCCGAUAUCAUGGUCCCUACUUCUUUGGAGGCACAGCGGCACCCACCCCGUGACAUUUUUGUCUUGUUAGACUUUCGGCCCAUUGGGUACAAGCCACGGUUCCUGUAUACCAACGUGCCGAUCGUGCACAUUCCGAGCAUUGCAGCCAGGUUUGACAUUACCCUUCCUGCUGCUUAUCAAUUCGGGGUCGCCGGGGGACACCAUGUGGGGCAGGACGUCCACAUUGACGGGCAUUCUAGGCUUCUCUUUUUUGCCAAAGAAGCCGAUCCCGAAGCCUCCGUGCCUAGUCCAGAUUCAGACAAUACUGGACACGGUGAUGAUGGUCCGCAUCGACAACCUGUGCCUGCGCGUGCCCCUGAGGAAGCUCUUCCGGUGGCACCGCAGAUGCCUCUCCCUAGGCGCCAUGAGCCAGCGCGCGACCAUACCAGCGCACAACCGCUCGCGGUUAUCUCCGAGGACCCUACUGGCUACUUCGAUCCGACGCUUCCCGCGGGGCACAGCUGGAACGUGAGCACCAAUACUGUUCCUCAGUUCGAUACGUUUUCGGUUGCAGGUGCUAUGUCGUCAUGGGAAGGCACGUACGAUCCAGCUGCUGCGGCCCUUGGGAGGACAGGUGAUUUGGGCUCUGGUGAGCCAGGACCAGGGGCUUCCGCCGGCACCGAUGUGCCCAUGACCAAUGCAGAGCACAGCCCGCUAGAUCCCAGGAGCCCCGAGAGGGAACUCUUUGAGACCAUUGCCCUCAUCUACGCUUUCUUAGAUGUCGUUCUGGCUGGGCGUGCUAGGGGUGCUCCGCCUGCCAGGCUCGUUGUGGCACAUCCUCAGCCAGUCCGGGCUAAUGCCUACCUGGUUGCGGCCCCUGUUUGGCCUGUGGCUACGGCAGCUGUGCUGCUUGAUUGCACGCGCAGCAGCGGCGCACUUUUCGCUGCUGCUCUCCCCACUUUCCUCAGUCGGGAGUCUCUUCUUAUUGCGGCCGGCCUUCAACAACAUGAUGAUGUCGAGGUGUAUAUCCACGGCUUGCAGCAAUGCCUUGCCCCUUUGCAGUGGGUUGCUUUACUUGAUGGGAUGACCCUUGCCUUUGUGCCGAGGACACAGCCAGCCCCGCCGAGCAUUGCGCUCCGAGACAUGCUCGCUACCCGUGAAGGAUGGACGGGCCUGGAGGUCUUUGGGCCCCGAUCUUACCCAGGCAGCCACUUCCUCAUUUUGACAGAUGGCCAGCCCCUCCUUUUUGCGGUUGAAGCCGGGCGACGGCGAACGUUCAAGAUCGACCUUGCACGGCAGCUAGGCAGUAAUCCGGAGGCGUUGACUCUUAAAUCCACAUGCCCAGGGCUCAUAGAUGUCUUCGUUGAGGGUUAUGUCGUGACGGGGGUCAUCGUUGCCACUGAGCAGCUCUCCCGACUUCCAUGCCCUCCUGCGAGAGCCAGGGACGACCGCCUCAUCAUCGUCCUAGAUUGCCGUCGUGUGCGCCAAGGUUUCCAGUGGUUUCUGCACAGUCAGGACGUGUUGCGAGUUCAAGCCAUUGCAGACCGCUUUCGCGAUACCUGCCCUCCUGGUUACCUCGUUUCUGUAACGGGUGCCACUGCGGAACGCGUGUACGGUAUUCAGGUCUUUUACGUUGCACACGGGCAGGUUCUCUGCAUUGAUUUCGUUGCGGAGCCUGUGGCAGCACCCAUUGCAGGUGAUACUCUUCCUGGGCCCUCCCGCCCUUCUGAUGGUCCGGCGGACACUGGAGGUGAUGCGUCUGAUCCUGACCCUCCUACUGACCGUGCCUCCACCAGCAGCUCACCAGGACGGAGUCGGUCCCCACACACCACAGGUGGCACAAGGUCCAGGCAAACAGCCAUGGCUGCGAUCGCCCGGCCUAGUCCCAUGCAGUUCGUUGCGGAAGCCGGGGCACAGGCUAUCGUACUGUUUGCUGCUCAAUGGGCUGGGUUUCUCCAGACUUUGGUUCAUGCUACUGCGGUGGUUGCGCCCCAGGUCAUGCAAGCAUGGAGUGUCCUCUUCGCACAUCUGUGUCACAUGCAGGGGCGAGCCUUGACGGCACGCCCUGGUCUUGCGGAGGCCGCAGUUGUGGGCAUUGACGCUCGUGUUCCGCGGCCGUCUGCUGUGCCGGUCGACUUUGCAGAGGUUCCUCCUUGCCCACGUGAUGAUGAUAUCACUCAGGUGCAGGCUGUGUUUGUUAUUUUGGCGCCCGAUUACAGUCCGGAUAAGGUAACUAUGACUGUUACCGUCCCACAAACGGUUGCCGAUCUCACUGAUCUUCUGCAGGUCUGUCGUCAGCCUGCGCUGGCUGCCAACUUUCCGGAACUUGUGCCGGUCCGACCCCAGGUUGAUUCUCGUUGGGCCUUGUUUGUCGCCAGGCCCUUGUGGAGCCAUCGCCGCCCCACGGUUUGUUUUGACCUCACCGCCAUUGACAACCGGGUUUUUGCACUUGCCAUGCCACCCUGUGUCGAUCGCUUUGCUUUGCUUGCUGGCGCAGGGUUGUCGCUGCAAACCGCCGUCGAUGUGUACGUCCCUAUGCGACGUGAUCCCUUGGUGGACGGUGAUGAGGUUGAGCUCCGCGCUGGCCAUCGUGUCAGGUUUGCCCCGGCAGGCGCAGCAAGGUCACCAGUUGUUUACCUGGCUGCUAUGCUUCAAUCGCCCGCGUCAUGGGGCACUGAGGACACUCUCCCGCCUCGGCAAGGCCUUGACCACAUUUACUUUGUUGGGGAUGUAGCAAACUAUGCCCUCCCCUCGGUUCACCGACAGCCUUGGAUGUACCGUGCUGCUCUUGCCGAACAGUUCGGUCUUCAGGAAUCUCGCCUCACCCUCACGCCUGCGCGCCCUCCCCCGGGUAACGUUUGCGUAGUUGGCCGACAAUGCCGCACCGUCACCGCCGUUGGCGACGACAGACAGGCAGGACGUGACUGCCGUAUCGGCCUGCUCGAUUGCAGGCCUCUGCUGCUUGGGUGGCAGCGACUCUGUGCCGAACAUGGCUGGCUGGACGUCAGGUCUGUCUGGCGUGAGCUCACACAGUACGUGCCGGCUGGUUGGACGAUUGUCCUUUCGGGCUGCCCUGUCGAUCGUCCUUGGCUACACAUCGCCCCCGGACAGGUCAUUGUCGCGUCUGUUCAGCGUGAGGUCCCUGAUGAGAGACCAACAGAACCGGGAUUUACCUCCUAUGGAGAUGGGGGCACGCCUUCCGCUGGUCCUCCGGAGCCUGAGCCGGACCCUUCUGAGGGGGAGGCGCAAGCUUCUGCCCCCGGACAACAUUGCGGUGACACUGAGGCAACCCCUGCCGGACGACAGCAUGCUGCUGAAAUAUGUACUGGCCUCGCCGGCGUUUGGGUUGUUGCCAGCGGGGUGCUUUCUGCCAUUGCUGGCAUUGUUGUCCGGUGUGCUCGCCCCACAGGGAGGCCACCGAGGCUUCUGCUCUUCCUUUUGGUUGUCGCCGUCGCUCCUGUCGUGGGUGGACGGUCAGGCGAGGUCCACGCUUUGACGGCUGGUGAGUCUAGCCUACGCUUGGCAGAUGUUGCAGGGGUGUGCCAUGUCGGCCGCCGAGGGGACUGUAAUGACAGGCUCAGGGCUAAUCGUGGCCGCCCCCUUCCAACUCCCUGCCGUAAUCUGCCAACAGCGCAGGAAUCGGGACGUGAACGUCAGUCCCUGGAUGCUUUGGAGACUCUCUUGGACGAGUGUGUUGCUCAAUCUUCUGAAUGGGCUUUUCUUGCUGUUACCCUUCUUGAAACAGUGAUUGACCACUUGGCCGUUCCUCAUGUUAGGGCUGUGGCAAGAGGUCCCGAAGUCUCUCUUGAACGACUUGUACCCAUUUCUGCCUUUCAGCAACAGAGCCUGGCCUUACAGGAGAUCCUCCCGCCUCCCGUCCAAGACAUUACGCGAGCCACCGACUGGCUUGACAAUGAUCUCAGUGCCUUGCUCCAGUUUUCAGAGAUUUCUCUCACUCUGCGUACGGCUUUUCUGAACAUACGACUCUGGCACGACAGCCCAGUAUGGGAUGCAAUCACCAGGGUCGACGUGUUCACGGAUGGCUCGGCCCUUGGCAGACAUGAGCCGCUCCGUUCUGCUCCUGCAGGCUGGGCGUUCACUGUGUGGGUCACCGUUGGAGCCGUCAACUAUUUCUAUGGUGCAGCUUCAGGGGUGGCAGUGCAACCAGGAUCUCCCGUUUAUCUUGGAGAGACUAGCGACACGCCACUCCAGAGCGAACUUCUUGCGGUCUGCUGGGCCUUGGCAUGGAUCUUGGAGUACGGCCCAGGUUUUGCGUGCCCGGUUCACCUCAGAUAUGACUGUCAAGCGGCAGGUCGAGGUACCUUCUGUGAGGCUGUUCCGGCCCAACUUGACGGCCCAGGGGUAGGUCCCACACUCAGUCAGUUCGCGAGCCUUCUUCGCCAGUGUGUGCAGUGUCGUGUAGAUUUGGAGUCCAGCUACGUGCCGGGACAUGCCGGCUACAUGGGUAACGAGCUCAGUGAUGGAUUUGCCAAAUAUGCUCGUUUGCAUACGCCACAGUCCAGUAACGACCUCUUGCCGGAGUGGCCUAGCCGUCUUGCUCAGCACCCGCUUGUGGCUUGGGCUUGGCUCGCGGCCGGCUAUGCCCCUGAUCUUCCACGUCUGUAUGCGUUCGAGGCUGCUGCAGCUUGCUGGCAGGCUCACCGGACGGCGCGUAGUGCCCCGGUCCUGGGCGUCAGCCAGGCUCCGACGCCCUCCCAGCCAGUCCGCUAUGAUCUCACUUUUGCAACAUAUAAUGUCCUCACCCUUUUGGACCAGCCACAACGUCGGGACCGGACAGUGUGUGCACGUGCCGGGCUCAAAAUGGCCGGCAAGAGACACCUCCUCAUCGAACAAUGCCAUGCGGCCGGUGUCCGGGUGAUUGGACUACAGGAGACACGGCUGCAAGACACGGCCACUUUGCCUGACAGUACUUACUUGCUCCUGCAUUCCUCUGCCACGGAGGCUGGGCACUUCGGAUGCGCCUUAUGGCUCAGCAAGGUGUUGCCAUACGCGCGAGCUGAUGGGCGUCCGCUGUUUUUCGAUGCCACACAUUGUGCUGUUGCUGCUUUGUCUCCUAGACAUUUGCUCGUCACAGUGAGUGCGCCGCACUUCAAGUGUGCCUUUUUGGUUGCGCACGCCCCGUCUGAUCCCCAAGGUGGCCAUGGUGCAGAGGAGGAGACUGUGGCAGGCUCCUAUUUCCAUGACUUUCUGCUCAGCCACGCGCUGUGUCUGCCGUGUACCUUUUCUGGUGUUCAUACCGGGGACACGUGGACUUGGAGCUCCGCCAGAGGGGACCGCCACAGACUGGAUUACGUUGCGAUUCCACAGGGCUGGGUCGAGUUUGUCACCAGUUCUCGUGUGUGGUAUGCGUUGGAAGCCAUGCAGAAACGUGAUGACCAUAUCCCUGUUCUUCUGCGGUGCACCUUUCAGCGUGCGGUGCGGGACAGGCCAGUGGAUGUCUUCAGGCGGAAAUCUUGUCGCCCUAAUGACCUGGAUCCCAAGCUUGAUCGGGCUGUGUUUCUUGGUCAGCUUGGGCGUUCGUGUGUUCCGACCUGGGACCUGGAUGUGGAUAGUCACUUCGCCCAUUUUGUCCAAACCUGGACUGCAGCGGGCCAGACCGUUAUUGAAGCUGCGGCUGCCGCCCCGCGUCAAUCUUUCCUGACUGGGGAUACCAUGAAGUUGGUCGACGCGCGCAAGGCUUUGCGUGCAUACCUCAAACAGGAGGAGGCGGAACUUGCGCGCCGUUAUCAGUUGAUUGGGUUUGCUGGCUUCGUCCUCCACAUGCAGGGCCGCACCUUCAGUGAACGGGCCCGUGCCAGGGCAGGUCUUUGGUUGCGUGAUGUAGAGGUCAGCAUCGCCCGGGCUUGGGCUUCCCUUGGGCUUGCAUGCCGGCUCCUCCGUCAUGCUGUGCGGACCGACCGCAACCAGUACUUAGAGAAGCUUGCUCAUGAGGUGACACUCGCAGACCUCAGCAGGCCCAAACAGUUGUAUCAACGGGCGCGGAAAGCCUUUCCCAAAGCGGCCUCCGCCAGGCGAUCCCGCUUUACUGCGCUUCCAGCGGUCGAAACUAAUGAUGGCCUUCUUGCAACGACGGCCGAAGACAGGGCCGAGUGUUGGCGUGAGCACUUUGCCGACCAGGAGUGUGGAGUUCCCACCAGCCCCAGAGCUUUCCAGGAACGCCUCUUUCAGGCGGACCGUCGUCACCAUGUCGGUGGCUCCCCAGUCUUCGAUGUCUCGCUUCUCCCCAGUCUUUCGUCCAUCGAGGCUGCAGUGCUAGGGCUUCGGCGUGCCAAGGCUGCUGGGCCCGAUGGCAUCACGGCGGAGCUCCUGAAGGUUUCUCCGGGGUUGGCUGCCAGGCACCUUGUUGCAUUGCACCUGAAGAGUGUCAUGGCAGUCCAAGAACCUGUGGAAUACAAGGGAGGAGCCCUUAUGACACUAGCCAAACGGGCCGCCGCCGCUUUCGGUCGCAACAAAUACCGGAGUAUACUUCUCUCCAGUGUCACCGGUAAGGUGUUCCACAAGGGGAUCCGCGACCACCUGACUCCUGCUUUCCUGCAGCACAGCCCAGACCUUCACGGUGGGGUUAAGAGUGGGGUAGGGGUUGAUACGAUCUCGUUGUCCGUGAAAUGUUUCCAGACACAUGUGAGCCGCUCCGGGGGACUUCCUGCUCUUGUCUUCUAUGACGUGAGGGCCGCCUACUACCAGGUUGUGCGUGAGACUCUCACUGGUGAUGAACUGGAUGACCGAGUUCUCCUGCAACUUUUUGCCCGUUUAGGUGUGCCAGCUUCGGCCUACGGUGAACUGCGGGAUCACUUGUCGCGCCUUGCAUUUCUUGCGGACUGCGGCUGCUCGGCGCAUGCCGUUGCUCUGGCCAAGGAGGUUUUCACGGGAACAUGGUUUCGACUGGACCAGCAUGCUCCUUUGGUUGCAACGGCUGCAGGUGUUAGGCCAGGCGAUCCUCUUGCGGACAUUAUGUUUGCGAUGAGUUUCAGCGCCUAUGUCCGUUCUGUGCAGGAGGCCCUCGGGCAACGCAGCUUACACACUGAUCUGCCUGCCAGUGCUUGCCAGCCCCCUUGGCAUGCUGACUUGCCGCCCACUGUGCUGGGGCCCGCCUCUUGGGCGGAUGACUUUGUUGCUAUGCACUCUGCGCGUACCGUUCCGGAGGUCAUUGAACGUGUGCGUGCGGCCACCUCCGUCUAUCUUGAGCAUGCUACCGCCAAUGGCAUCCAGUUGGCGUUCGCAGCUGAUAAAACUGCGGUUGUGCUUCCUCCCGCUGCUAGCCACGCGGACGGUGUGGGCAUCCAUCGGGACGGAGCCGAAGCAUGGCUGGAAGUCCCCAAUGCCCUGACUGGCGGCGCAGCGUGCCUCCCGAUUGUGCCUGCGUACAAGCACCUUGGCAGUAUCAUUACCAGCGCGGGUACUGUCCUGCCAGAAGUGCACUACCGGCACUCACAGGCUACCUGGACUUUGAAGCCUCUAAGGGGUGUACUGUUUGGCAACCCUGGCAUUCCGAUGCACGUGCGCCGGCACCUCCUUGCCUCUCUUGUCACCUCCAAGUUUGUUUUCGGUUCCGCGACGCUGGAGUUGCAUGUUGCAGGUCAUUGGAGGUUGUGGGCACGGUUGUACACCUCUUCGUACAAGGCCCUCCGUCCCAGGUCACAGGCGUGCCAGCCCUUUCAUUCUUACGAAAUUCUCGCCAAUGCACAGGCUAGCACCCCGCCCCUGGCGCUCGCCAAGGCAAGAGGUGGUUUUCUGCUGAGGCUUCUGGAGCGCGGGCCUGCGACCUUGAGACAGCUCCUCCUGCUCCAGUGGGAGGCGGACCCACACCGGUCAUGGUUUGCACAGAUCCUGCAGGACAUACAACAUGUCGCGUUGUACUGUACCGGUGCUAGGACGUUGCUCGAAACCGCCUGCCCUGUCCGUUCUCUUAUCGAGGCCAUGCAGGAGGACCGGGCCUGGUGGAAGCGGCAACUGCGGGCAGCGACCAAGCAGUGUGGGCAGGACCUUGAAGCCUGGUGUGCCGCCCGGCGUGCUGCGGAUGUGGUUGCCACUCAAUCCCCAGUCGGUGACGUACGGCUCGGGCUUGCCCCGUUUCAAUGUUAUAUGCUCCACACGCCACAUGUGUCGCCUGCCUUCGCCAUUUCCACAACAUUCCUCGGGUUCAGCGUCAUUACAGAGGCUCGAAGACAUGCCUAA